GAUCGGAGCUCCAUUUUUCAGGAGCACUUCGUAAGACCAGCUUCCAGUGUGUUGGAGAGGACUCGUGGUGCCAGCAACCCGACUGCUUUGAGGCUGAGUGAAUUCUUGGUGGCAAGAUUCGAAACAGACACACCAGUCAACAUGAGCACAGCAGGAAAAGUUAUUAAAUGCAAAGCAGCAGUACUGUGGGAAGCCAAUAAACCAUUUAGUAUUGAGGAAGUGGAAGUGGCCCCACCAAAAGAACAUGAAGUUCGCAUAAAGAUCAUAGCCACAGGGAUCUGUCGCUCUGAUGACCACGUGAUAACUGGUGCACUGGUUAGUCCUUUUCCAAUAAUUCUUGGGCAUGAAGCAGCUGGUGUUGUGGAGAGUGUUGGGCAGGGAGUGACUUCGUUCAAACCAGGAGACAAGGUUAUUCCACUCUUUAUUCCACAGUGCGGGGAGUGCAAGAGUUGCUUAGGCACCAAGGGUAACCUGUGCAGUAAAAAUGACCUUGCUUUGGGUAGAGGAUUAAUGCCUGAUGGCACCACUAGAUUCACCUGCAAAGGAAAAGCAGUUCACCAUUUUCUUGGUACAAGUACCUUCACUGAGUACACAGUAGUGCAUGAAUCUGCUGUGGCCAAAAUCGAUUCUGCCGCUCCUCUGGAAAAAGUUUGUCUAAUUGGCUGUGGAUUUUCAACUGGUUAUGGGGCUGCUCUGCAGACUGCCAAGGUGGAACCAGGCUCCACCUGUGCUGUCUUUGGCCUUGGAGGAGUUGGCCUCUCCGUUAUCAUAGGCUGCAAGGUGGCUGGAGCUUCCCGCAUCAUUGCCGUGGAUAUCAAUAGUGACAAGUUUGCCAAGGCCAGAGAGCUGGGAGCCACUGACUGUGUCAACCCUAAAGAUUUCCAGAAGCCCAUUCAUGAAGUGUUGAUCGAAAUGACUGGCCAGGGUGUGGAUUACUCCUUCGAGGUCAUCGGCCGCACGGAUACCAUGACCGCAGCCUUGGCCUGUUGCCAGUAUAACUACGGAGUCAGUGUGAUUGUGGGAGUGCCCCCUGCAGCACAAAAAAUCACUUUUGAUCCCAUGCUCCUCUUCACUGGUCGCAGCUGGAAAGGCUCUGUCUUUGGAGGCUGGAAGAGUAAAGAUUCAGUCCCUAAACUGGUUGCUGACUACAUGAAUAAAAAAUUUGUUCUGGAUCCAUUAAUAACCCACACACUUCCUUUCACAAAAAUCAAUGAAGGAUUUGAUCUGCUGAGGACAGGGAAGAGUAUUCGCAGCGUCCUGAUGUUUUAGGAUUCUCUAAUGUUAAGCAGCAGAUGGCUCAGCACCAGUACAAACUUUACCAUCCUCCAAUACAACUGAUAUGAAAUACAAACCAAGACAUUCCUGAAAGGUCUACCACCACCAUCAUCGAAUAAAAGGAUCAAGCUCAAACUCCACACUUCAAGAACAACAUUUAUAAAUGAAAUAAUCUUUUUCUUUCUACCUCUUUCUCCUCAUUCUUGUUUUAAAUCCUCUACAUUGUGCUGUAAUUUUUUAAUAGCCAGUUAUGAGUUACAGAAGUUGCUGCUGCCACAGGUGUUAUAAAAAUUUUGAAUUUUUUAAAUUACUUAUAAUAUGCAAUCUUUUAAUGAAACAAAAAUGAAGAAAGCAGGGCUUCCGUAACACCGCAAGCCUAAGAGACUUGUGCAUGCAGUUCAGUACGGUAAAACAGUUAGAACUA